CGAAAGUUUUGAAUUUACAGUUUUGUCCCUUUUCUGUUCUUAUUUUAUUUUUACAAUCUGAAACUGAAGAAGAAGAAGAAGAAGAUAGAUACUGAGUUCGGACCGAGUCAAUUAUGGAUUCUAACUCAGAUACAACGAGUCCUAAAACACCGCUUUUGGGACCAGAAGCUCGGAGACCGAGUGAUAACGGUCGCCGGAAUCGCCGACUCAGUCGAAGAUACUCUGUUAACUCGCUCAGGACCGAAUUCGUUUCCAGGCUCCCGGAAAAAGUCCGUUCUGGUUUCGACGUUGAGUCCAGUCCUUAUGAUAUCGACCUAACUCGGACCACUGGCUUGAGCGGAGGAGAAAAGGAGUACUAUGAAAGACAACUUUUAACUUUGAAAUCUUUUGAGGAAGUUGAUUCUGUAGUGCAAUCAGAGAGCAUUGAUGAAGAUGAUAAUGAAGAACAAGCUCAACAUGAAAGAGCCAUGAUGAUCUCCAAUUAUGCAAACAUAAUUCUCUUGGGACUUAAGAUCUAUGCAACUAUAAAGAGUGGGUCCAUAGCCAUUGCAGCAUCAACACUAGAUUCUUUGUUGGAUCUCAUGGCUGGUGGCAUACUUUGGUUCACUCACUUGUCAAUGAAAAGUAUAAACAUUUAUAGAUACCCCAUUGGAAAAUUGAGGGUGCAGCCUGUUGGCAUAAUCAUUUUUGCUGCUAUCAUGGCUACACUAGGUUUUCAGGUAUUCAUCCAGGCUUUAGAACAGCUAAUUGAAGCUAAUCCUUCAGAGAAGAUGUCCUCAGACCAGUUAGUGUGGUUGUAUUCAAUCAUGCUAUUUGCUACUGUGGUAAAACUCGCGCUCUGGAUUUAUUGUAGAAGCUCAGGAAACAAGAUUGUCCGUGCCUAUGCAGAGGAUCAUUAUUUUGAUGUAAUAACAAAUGUAGUUGGGUUGGUUGCUGCGGUACUAGCUGACAAAUUCUACUGGUGGAUCGAUCCAGUUGGUGCUCUUGUCCUUGCAAUAUACACAAUAGCAAAUUGGUCUCGUACUGUUAUCGAAAAUGCAGUUUCACUAGUGGGACAAUCAGCCCCUCCUGAAGUCCUGCAGAAGCUUACUUAUCUUGUCAUAAGGCAUCCUCAAGUAAAGCGUAUCGACACCGUUCGCGCCUACACAUUUGGUGUUCUUUAUUUUGUGGAGGUUGACAUUGAAUUACCGGAGGAUUUACCGUUGAAAGAAGCGCACGCGAUCGGAGAGAGUCUGCAGAUUAACAUUGAGAAACUGCCAGAAGUAGAGAGAGCAUUUGUUCAUCUUGAUUUUGAAUGUGAUCACAAACCAGAGCAUUCUGUACUCCACAAGCUCCCAAAUUCUCAGCCUUGAUUUUUGACAUUACUCCCAACUUUACAAUAGUAACAAUAAAAAAAAUUAUAGGCAUCUUAUUCUCACUGUAAUUUUUUUGUUUUCUAUACAACUAUGAGAGAUCUUCAGGUUGCUUCUUUGAAAAAUUACAAUAAAAAUUUUAAAAGAAAAACAUUUUCUGA